AGCGGUGAGCUGUUUGCGAAUGUUGAUGACCGGAUCUCAGCAAUCAUCAUCAGCUGUGAGGGCUCGAAGUUCGAAGUUACAUUAUCGGGAGUUUUUCUGCCUAGUCACGACGAAGCGACUGUCGAGCCGAUGUGAACUCGGCUUGCCCAGAACUUAGAAAAGUUUGAAAUUCCGCUGACUUACACGUUCCCGAACAAGAUGUUGCAUCCUGAUCCGAAUCAGGUUCUCGAUGAACUCUGCGAUCCCAAUAUCGUCAUCACUGAGAGUACCCUGAAGUAUUAUCUGGGAAGAGUUGCAGGGCUCACUGCCCUACACAGAACAGAAAUCGCUGCGCUCCUGCCAUCAAAAGAUCUUUCGCCCUUUCUGGCGGCCCUCAGACGUCUUGCAACGAUACAAGAUGUGGUCGCGAUUUGCGAAACAUUCAAAAUUCUUUUUGGCGCAAUGUCACCCCAUUUGGUGUACAGCAAGUAUUGGAGGACUCUCGCUGAGGCACUCGGAGACGGCUUCGCGCAACAAAGUCUCAGUGUGACUCUGGAGCAGUUGCAACGGAUCUCAAAAGAUAGCAAGGCGUGCGCGGAACUCGCCAACAACGAGGAGCUCUUGGGUCUGAUCAUCGAUCGUAUCGACAGCGCUGUGGACUCGUCAUUGGCUAUGGACAUUUUGGUUCGAGUAGCUUGUGAAAAUCCCAGCGCUCACAAAACACUCUUCACCGGUGAGCUCGCAAAGAGAUUCUCGGCAGUACAAGGGAAAGACUCGAUCUGCAGACUGCGCGUGUUCGAGGUCUAUUGCCGAAUAGCAAUCCAUUCGGAAGAAACUGCCAACAGAUCGGCCCCUCAAAUCUCCCAAGUGAUUACUUCGUUCAAAGAGGAACACAGGGAUGUGCUCGUGCAACUUAACUACAUCGAGCUUCUGACGGUUCUUGUUUCGAAUAAGAAUACUGUGAAAUUCGUCGUCGAUUCGGGCGUCAUCGCGCAUCUGGAGGCACUCCUCUUGGAUACGAACAGCAGGACAAGCGCGCACACGAUGCCUGGUGUUUGCGAAUUUUUCGGUCGAUUCGGUGAAAAUAAUCCAAAGCUCAUGUGCGAUGAAUACGUGGACAUCCUGAAAAUCAUGCUCGACCUCACGAACGAUCCCGACUUGCAAUCACUGGCCGUGAGCAAUUUAGGUCUGAUCGGGAGAACUCACGAAGGUAAACGCUGCCUGAACAGGACUCUCCGCUCGGAGAUGAUGGUACUCAUGAAAUCGAUCGGGAGCACGCUCGUCAAGCCUGAGCAGACCCACAAAAAAGAGGCCGCUCUGAGUGCACUAGCUCAUCUGAUGGAGGUCGAGGACGUCGAGCAAGAAGACCUGAUGUCAGUGACCCACUCGUGGUUCUCGAUGGCGAGCGAGAAGCCCUUACACGCCCUGUGGAACUGCGCGAAGUCUCCAUGUCCGGAGGUUGAACUCCUGGCGCUCUCUGCUCUCCGGAAUAUCGCUCUGCUUUCUUGGGGUCGAGAUGCUCUACUCGAAGAAUGUGCAGGAUUCUUUGAAUGGAUUCUCCAUCGAGAUCCCAGUGCCAACAAAGAACAGAUGGACGCGAAGUUCGGCGUUAUCGCAGCUCUGGUCGAAGACGCGAACCGGAUCAAUAAUCUGGAGAAACGUGCUGCUCUUCGAGCGCAUUUCAACGAGGGACCUUAUACUAGCGCUUCCACUGUACGAGUGUCCUCGGAUCAGCAAGCUUAACUUGAUGAUGGAACUUCAUCAUCCCGCUCGGAUUUAUCACGACGAUGUCGGCUGGAGGUUUCGCUUUGGAGGAGGACUAUGGGCAGGAACGAAUCGAGCAGGGAACUCUCAAUAGCGUCUCUGGAGAGGUCCCCUCAUGGAUCGACUGAGAUCUCAAGUCUCGCUCUCGGGGCUGUAGGAGUUCGGAGAAGGAUCCCAAACAUCUCCCGUGAUGAACGACAUUUCAUACGCCGUUGGUCUUUUCCGGUCCUUGAUAAACGAUGGGUGUCGGUAAAUAAAACCUCAAAUCUCCCCGUUGACGGGG